UUGUAAGUCACGUGAAAGAAGCAAAAUGGCCGGAGAGCUGAAGUCGGCAUUGUUGUUGUCAAUAUUAACAUUUUGUUUUGCGGAACAGGCUUUAAAUAUUACACCGCAACAAAUCCACGUGGCUUUGGGAGUAACGAUUGAUAAAAUAUCCAUUACAUGGAGUACCAGGAACAAGACGGAUACUUCUCUUGUAUUAUUCGGUAUUAAAGAUUUGACCAAUUCCACACAAGGAACAUCAAAGAUUUUUGUCGAUGUUUCAAAAACCAAUGUACAGUAUCUUCAUUAUGUCUUACUCUCUGGGUUGAUUCCAGGACAAAAAUAUAGCUAUGUAUGUGGUACUAAAGGAGCUCUCAGUGAUACGUUUACGUUUACUACAUUAAAAGAAGGCAGUAACUGGUCACCACGUUUUGUGUUUUAUGGUGAUUUGGGAUUUAAGAAUGCUCAGUCGGUACCAAGAUUAGAUAAUGAUAUUCAAAAAGGAUUGUACGAUGUCGCUCUACAUGUCGGUGAUUUUGCCUAUGAUAUGUAUUCGGCCAACGGAACGAUGGGGGACAACUUUUUUAACAUUAUCCAACCAGUAGCAGCUAAUUUACCUUAUAUGACUUGCCCUGGUAAUCACGAAAACAAUCAUAAUUUUACACAAUAUAAGAACCGACUGUUUAUGCCAGGUGAUGAACAGGGAGAUCGUAUGUAUUACAGUUUUAAUGUAGGACCAGUUCAUGUAAUAUCAUUUAGUACAGAGUUUUAUUUCUUCAUACAAUAUGGUCUAUUACAAGUACCUCGUAUGUACGAUUGGCUAGAAAAUGAUCUUAAAGUAGCCAAUUUACCUGAGAAUCGGGCGAAACAACCAUGGAUUAUUACAAUGGGUCAUCGACCUAUGUACUGUUCUAAUAACGAUAGUGAUGAUUGUACAAAAUACGAAGGCAUAAUAAGAUUAGGGGUACCUAUACUCCACCUGUAUGGUUUAGAGAAGCUAUUCUAUGAUUACGGUGUAGACCUUCAGCUCUGGGCACAUGAACAUUCUUAUGAACGACUCUGGCCGGUUUACGAUCGAAAGGUAUAUAAUGGUAGUUAUGAUCAUCCUUACACCAAUCCAAAGGCACCUGUACAUAUCAUCACUGGAUCAGCGGGAUGCCAAGAAAAUUUAGACCCUUUUGAUAAGGAUCGACCAUAUUGGUCGGCUAAACGUGUUAAAGAUUAUGGUUAUACCAGAAUGACUGUGUUCAAUUCAACCCACCUGUAUACGGAACAACUUUCAGAUGAUAAGGGUGGUAUGAUAAUGGAUAAAAUGUGGCUGAUUAAAGACAAACAUGGACCAUAUACCAACUAGUAUAAAAGUUAAUCAAAAAAUAAUUAUUUAUGAAUAAUAAUAAUAAAAGGAAAAUAACUCUGUCAGGUAUUAUGUUGAAAUGCUUUGUUUUAAGAAAUAGUUAGUUAUAUUACUGGAUGUAAAUUUUUAAAAAUAUUUUUGUGAAAAAGAUAAUAUAUAUUUUUUUAAAAAAGAUGAUAUUUUGUUUUUAAAAAAGAUAAUAAAUUUGUUGAAAAAGAUAAUACAUUUUUUAAGAAAAGGAUAAUACAUUUUAAAAAAGAUGGAUAAUACAUUUUUUUAAAAAAAAAGAAGGAUAAUACAUUUUUAAAAAAAAAAGAUAAUACAUUUUAAAAAAAAGAAAUUAGAUAUAACAUUUAUUAAAAUACAUUUUUAAACUGCUUACUUUAUGAAAUAUGUCAAAUAUAAGAUUUGAUGAUACUUUCUUGUAUAUUUCUGUACGUAUUUGUAAGCCAUCACUAAUUUUAUUCUGUUUAAAAAAUUAUGAAAUGAUCUUAUAUCUUAACGAUGUAUUUAUUUGUUUAACAUAUGAUGAAAUGAUUUUAUAUGCAAAAGGUGUAAAUAUUUUAAAACAAUAAUAUUUUAAUUAAUAUGAUAGAUCUAUGAUGGUUUGCAAUGUCUGUGAUGUCCAUUUAGUUCUUUUAUGUACAUUGUAUUGUUAUUGUGUGAAGUGUCUUUACUAGUCAACAUGACUAGUUGACUAGAUGAUAUUAGUAUUAAUGUAAAUGUAUUUUUUGGAUCCUGGGGUAAAUGUUAUUGAUUAAAAUGUACAACUUAAAAAGAAUUUUUCAGACGAUUAAAAUUGAUAAAUAA